CCUUACAGUACAAGAGAGUGUGUGUGAGCGAGAGUGGAAUUCAAUGGGUAUUGGGAGGUCUAUCUGGAUUGUCUUCAACUCCUACCAUUCGUAGUUUCAAAAAAUGCAUCCGGUUUCCAUAGUGCGUUCGACUCGAUUGCCCUCAGAGGCGUCACAGAGCGUUUUACGAAGAGGGCGGAGACCAAUGCACUUUUCAGCAUUAUCUCACAGAUCCAGUACAGCCAGCCUUCGCGGCGGUGCACGGCGAGCCUUCGCUUCGGCUGCUUCGUCUUUCGACGUCUUCGCAAAAUUGAAAGACAGCAGUGGGGGAGAGGCCGAAGAAAAAAACAAGGCCCUCAAACGGAAACCAUCACUAAGGCUUCGUACUCUAAUGAAUGUACAACUCGCACCAACAGCAAAUUUUCGUGUAAUUUGUGAUAAUGACCAUAGAGAGUCGAAUCUACUUAUCAGGACUGGCCUACAACUUACAUUAAAUCUUUCCCUUAGUAUCAGAAUCAGGAUACCAACAAUCUCAACUUGAUGACUAAAAACUAUACUCGGAAAUUAUUUGAUAUAUGAACCUUAACUUCUUCAACUUGAUGACUAAGAACUACACUCGGAAAUUAUUUAAUAUAAGAACCUGAACUUGUUCUAAUCCGCGAUCGCGUUCUGAAUUUGGCGGAUGAGAUCAUGUCCUUGACACUCAUUGAAGCUGCGGAUCUGUGUGAUUUGUGCCAAGAGCGAUUGACGCCUGGCGAUGGCAGUCCUAUACCUGGCCGAAUGCCAUUUCCACACCCGAUGGCCAUGUUUGGGAGUAUGAUGCCGCAAGGUACCUCUUUGAAUUAGGCGAGCGAAACGUUUCUAAGUAUCUAAUGUUAUCUUCUUCGAGUUUGAGAAAAUGUCUGCUUUAUUAGCCUAGUCGAGCUAGUGUAUCCUCUCCGCAUAUCAACCCUACUUCUAGGUGCACCAUUACAAAACCACAUUCUCCAUAAACCACUAGCUAUGCCACCCGGUGCUCAUCCCGGUAUGGCACCGGCAGCAGCGCCAGCAGCGCCACAACCUGCCGCAGCAGAACCAGGAGCAGCAGAACCAGCAGCGAAAGCCGCAGAACCAGAGAAACCGAAAGCGCCAGCUGGUCCAGUAAGUCUUAAACUCGUAUCUUUCGAAGCAGCAAAGAAAAUUGCGGUUAUCAAGGAAGUAAGGGGGUUGACUGCCUUAGGUCUCGCGCAAUCGAAAGAACUAGUGGAGCAGUGCCCGAAAGUACUUACUUUGAUUUUUUCCCAUUCACAAUUUUGUGAAGUGCCCGAAAGUACUUACUUUGAUUUUUUCCCAUUCACAAUUUUGCAUUCACAAUGGCUUCAUGAACACUGUUUAUUCCCUAGUAAUUCCGAUUUUUUCUAUUACUGUAUCCCUAAGUAGAAAGCAUGUUUUCAUGUCGUCGGUCUUUCAAUAGGUCCCUCCUUACGACGAAGGCAGAAGUUUUCUUUGGUGAGCAGCAGGCAUUGGCAUACUUACAUUGUUCUUCAACACUCUUUUCAGGUGCUCAAAACGGGUGUACAAGCACCGAAUAAACACUCUUUUCAGGUACUCAAAAAGGGUGUACCACCAGGCGAGGUUGACGCUUUGAUAGCUAAAUUCAAGGCAGUUGGAGGCGUGGUGGAGGUCGUUGCGGCGUGAAGACAUGAGAUAGACACGCUGUAGCAGCUUCGUGUAAGCAACUUACUUCAUGCUCAUCUUGAGAAGCUGCUGAUGCUACUCCUGUGUUGGGAAGACGUACUCUCCGUUCAUAUCAAACAGACUGAUUCAUCUCUCUCUAAAGACUGCCAGCUGACUGGUAGUAACGCAGUAU